AUGGCCCGUAGAGAUGCAGAAGUAGCCCGUAGAGAUGCAGAAGCUGAGCAAGAAGUUCUACGACAACGCAUAAUGGAGCUAGAACAACAACUGUUGGAGGAAAGGUUAGAGCAUGAAAGGGCAAACAUGGAAAACAUCUCACAGAAUGGCUCUAAUUCACGACAUCACGUGAGCCCAAAGUCUGAAAAUGAUGGUGUUGGGAUAGAUUUUGAUGCUGAAUUUCAUGAAGAUGAUAAUGCAUAUGCAGAACAAUCUAAUGAGUGUGAAUACACGACUAUGCGAAGGAUAGCAGCAGCCCCAUCCCAGCAGCCCCCUCAAUCCACCAUGAGAGCACCCCCAUCCCAACAGCCUCCUCAAUCCACCAUAUGA